AACUUUGUUGGAGAAUGAGCUCAAGGAAACCAGCGACAGUGACUACCUGUUUCUCAUUAAGUUUCUCCUUGUCUGUAUUGGAACUGUGUUGCUGCCGAAGAAUGGUACCGAGAUCAGCACUAGCUACAUGCAUUCUUUAGUUGACACAAAUUAAGAAGAAGAAUUGGGUGACUGCCGGGUUUCGAUAUCUAAUGAGCUCUCUACACCGGUACAAGACGAAGAACACCAAAAAUGUCUCCGGUUGCACGAUAUUUUUACAGGUAAGUUUUCGAAUUAUUGUGAUGGUAGUAAUUUUAUUCUCUCGUGUACUGCUGUGGUAAUAUAUGUAUGGACUUUUGUUUGGUGGCAGCUUGUAUAUUUGACGCACGUUGACUGGACUGCUAGUCACGUGGACCGCACUAUGGUUCUAAUUGACUUUUGGACCACAAAACAGUGCAAGUCAGUGUACAAGUGGAUUCGAGACCACGGUGGUCACACAAGUGGAAAGUUGGGCAACCCACAAAUGACGCAAUAUACAAAGCUGUGUGUGAGUUGAAAGAUGAGGUCUUCCGGCUUGAUUUGAAGGUGAACAGCGCAAAAGAGCUGUUACUGAAGGUACUCUCCACUUACCUUGGAAGGGGACUAUGAAUGAAGUGUUGGAGAUACCUGAGACGAGCAAAGUUCAGCGCUCGCUUUCGUUCAACGGGGAGACCGAGAAGAAGGAUGACGUGGGUGUCGAGGAAAAGGAUGGUGAAGGGACGAAGGAUAAAUUGGAAGAGGAUGUUGAUGAUGUAGAGAGUGUCCCUUCACUUAAUAUAUCAGAAGACAAGGUCGUUGUUCCAACUAAGGUGGUUGUUUCUGAUGAUUCGUUUGAGGUUAUGAACUUUUGGGGAGAAGGUCUCCCCGCUAUUGUAAAAGAGGAAGUUGAGCAGACCAUGAAGGAUGAUUUUGAUGAUGCUGCGUUCGAAAGAUUCAAAGAAUCUGGAGGGAAGAUGAUUGGUCCGUUCACUGUGAACAAGGGUUACUCAAAUCAACAGUACGAGUUGUUCCGUUACAUUUUCUCUAGCGCCAAUGAUCCGAGUGAAGUGUUAGCCCAUUUUGGGAAGGUUGAGGUCGAGCGGAGGUUUAUCAAAUGCAUGAAACCGGAGACCGAUAUAUCAAACAGUGUCAUUGAUUGCUUUGCUCAAAUCAUGAAUUUUCGAGAGAAGAAGCGCAACGGCAUUGGAAGAAAGAGAACUUGGUUUAUGCCCACCAGAAUUUCAGUAUGA